CUAAUAAAAAAAUAAAGUAAUAAAUAUUAUUCAAAUAAUAAAAAUUAACAAUAAAUAAUACGAAGCUAAAAUAACGAUUAAAAAAAAUAAAUACAAAAUAUAAUAAAAUAUUAAAUAAAGUAAAAUAACUAAUAAAAAAACUAAUAAAAAAAUAAAGUAAUAAAUAUUAUUCAAAUAAUAAAAAUUAACAAUAAAUAAUACGAAGCUAAAAUAACGAUUAAAAAAAAUAAAUACAAAAUAUAAUAAAAUAUUAAAUAAAGUAAAAUAAAAGAAAAAAAUUAAAAUAAAAUAAAUUAAAACGAAAGUUAUAUUUUACUUUGCAAAAUUUAUUGUUGCAUUGAAGUGAAUUAAACUUAAAAAAAGGAAAAACAAAAUUAAAUAAAUUCAAAUUAAAAUCGAAAGCAAAAACAAAAAAUAAUACUACAGAACAAAAUACAAAAAUUGUUUAAAGAACUUACAAAAAAGACUAAUAAAAUAAUAAUUAAAAUAACAAAAUUCAUAAACUCUAAAAAAAAGAAACAAAAAAUAAAAAAAAUAUACAAAAAUAUACAAAAAUAAAAUAUAGAAAAAAGUUGCAGAAAAACUCAAAAAACAAACAUUGAAUAUACAUGUUUUCAUACUAAUUUUUUAUAUAAAUAAAUAUAUACAAUAAUAAAAUUUAAAAAAUAAAAUUGUGUAUAAAUUUUUUUUUUAUAAAUUUUGUUUAACAAAAUUAAAUUUUUAGUAUUAAAUUAGUUGGUUUAAUAAUUUUUGCAUGUUGUAUACCAUUUUUAAGCCUACUUUUAAAAUAUUAAAGAAAAUAAUAAAAAAAAUAUUUUAGCCUAUUACAAAAAAUUGUAUAUUUAUUGUUGUUGACUUAAUUGUUUUUGUUAUUUGAAUGUAUUUAAUUAAACAAUAUUUUAUAUAUUUAAAGAAAAAAACUCCCAAGACUAAAUAUACGGAAAACCUAAUAUAGGUUUUUAAGAAGUCACUUAUAUUUUUUAUACAUAUUUUUUUUACAAAAUACUCUCAACACAAAAUUUAUUAUUUAAAACUAAAAAACAUCAUUGUACAUAAUUCGUUGUAAUUCCCCAUAUAUAUUUAUAUAUAAAUAUAUGAAAAUUAUUAUGAGCACGUGGAUUUUCUGCGUUAAAGACUUGGUCAGAGGCGAUCAGUUACUAAGUGACUUAGUAACUGAGUACUUUUGGAUUGAAGCACAAUUUUCCAAAGUGUUUACCAAUCAUAAUAAAAAUGUAAAACCACCUGAAAAUAAAGACUGUUUUUUAAAUAUCUGAUAUUACAAAUAACUAAAAAACGAUAUCAAAAACAACGACAACUUUUUUUUUACCAAAAAAAGCAAAAAACAAACGAACAUCUAAACGAUUACAACGAUUUUAAAUAAAACGAUUUUUUUUAAACAACGAUUAUACUUUUAAUUUUUUUGCAAUUGUGCCAUACUCUAAACUUGAGGGCCGUUUUGCCAUUCAUCCGAAUUUAUAUAUAACAAUUAUUUUCCAAUAAUUGUUAAUUUAUCUUUUCUAAGAAAAGCCUAUUGUAAAUAUUUUUAAUUACUAAACCAAAUAAAAAAAUCCCCCCAGAAACUUAAGACAUAUUAAACAAAAAGACGCUGAUUUUUUUAUAUUUAUUUUUGUUUUAUUAUAUUUUGUUGAAAAAAAAAACAUUUUGUUGCUUUAAAAGCUAUAAAACUACUUUUGCUAGUCAAGGCUAUUGAUAUUUUAUUAUAAUCCGCCCUUAUUGUUAUAGAACAGUUUUUAAACUCUAUUUGUAUGUUAUAAGUUUCGUUUUUAUAAGAGGAAAGAAUAUUAUACCAAAUUUGUUAUUUAUUAAUUAAGCUAUAUGAAAAACUUAAAUGUAAAACCGUACCAAGCGUACCAUCCUUAUAAUAUACCUGCAAAUCAUCAGCAUCACCAGCAACAACAACAGCAGAACCAACAACAACAGCAUCACUCUCAUCAGCAUACACAGCAUCAUCCGCAACAUCAUCACCAGCAACAACACUUCUCAAAUAGUUCUUAUAACAACUUAAACCCUUAUACCACAAACUCCAGAUAUUCGCAUAACUCUUAUACUGCGGCUGCAGGCCAACUUGCACCACCCCCAUCUUCGCCUUCAGUAAACACAGCAGCACAAAACCACAACAAUAAUAAUAAUACACCACCUACGCUUGGCGGUUAUUUAGCAGCUAAUCAACAUCAUUUACAACAACAGCAGCAACAGCAACAACAACAACAACAGUUAUUAAGACUUCAACAAAGUUAUAAUCCACAGCAGCAGCCUACACCAACAACCACAAAUAUGUUGAGUUUAAAUCAAAAUAAUACCUACAAUUAUAAUUUCCAUUUCAAUGCACUGUGUGGUAGUGCUAAUACUAGUGGUGGUGGUGUUGGUGGCAAUGCAAGCAGCGGCAAUCACAACAAUAACAAUAACAACAACAUCAAAUCAUACCACAACAAUAACAGCAAUGCUCUCUCUCGCCCCCAACGACCGAACUCUCUGAACCUCAACGUCAUGGCUUCUUUGGCCACACCAAUUUCCGGCUCCGCCUACUCACUACCAUCAGCAUUGUCGUCGGCAGCAUCAUGCACACCAGCCGUUUCUUUGGGUCCCUCAACAGCGCCUUCGUCACUCUCUGCUGCAGCAGCAACAAGUGGUGGUAAUAGCGCUGGUGGUGGCGGCGUUGGCAGUGGAUUUCCUUUUACACCUUCAUCAUUUUACAAUCAAAGAGAAAAUUUUUUUAAUUUCUCUGCGGCUAAUGCUCACAAUUAUUUGCAACAUAGUUUUAAUAACAUGCAGCAACAACAACAGCAACAACUGCAGCAGCAACAGCAUCAACAACAACAAUUGCAACAAUUCCAAUUAUUGCAACAGCAAUUAAAGCAGCAACAAUUUCAAUUGCAAAAUAAUAAUCCCACCCAAUUAGCAAAGAGUAGCAGCUCAUCCAACACUUUAAAUACCAAUGCUAGUGUAUCAACAAAUAAUGGAGCGAAUUUCGCUAGUGUUGGCAACGCUAACAGCAACAACAAUUUAGCAAAAGUUGCUGAAGUUUCAACCAGCACUUGUGCUGCUGCUAGUAGUUCAACAGCUAAUAACGGUAGCAGCUCAACAACCAAUCAAACAAAUAAUAACAAUAGUGGCAACAACAACAAUAACAAUGAUAAUAAUCAAAAUAAUAAUAGCAAUAAUUGUGAUCGUCUUGCCAUGGAUGCCUGUGAAAUUGCCAAUUUCCUUGCUAAUGAGCUAUUUAUGCAACAGCUCGUUUCUAUGGAAUGCAUGCAAACAGGUGUACCCACAUUGACAACACCCACCCUAACACCCACAACACUGCGUAGCAUAGAGGAAUCCUUUAUCCAACUGACAAGUGAGCCAAUCAAUGCACCAUAUCAGGCGGGCUUUAUACCACCACCAUUGGGUUCAUACAAUGCCACCACAACGAAUAGCACCACUAACAAUAACACGAAUGCCUCAACGAUAACAUCCAGCCAAAUUACAGGCAGCGGCUUGACUGCGGCCGCCCUUAGUAAUGCCUAUUUGGGCGAUAUCAGCGGUGGGGCCAGUCUGCACAAUUAUAGCAAUAUCAACGAUUCGGAAACCGAAGAAAACUCUCAGGAAUCAUGGAAUGACCAGAAUAUGCAUGAAGAGAAUUCCAUGGCCACAACAGAUAAUUCAAGUGCCGCCACUGAUACAGCUUCAUUUCAAAAUGGUCUUAAUGGCAUGGGCGUAGCCGGUAAUCUUAACAAUUCCAAUUCAUCGACCACCAAUGAUUUCACCACUGUCAAUUUGGCAGCCUUGGCUGCGGUUACUGCAGCUGCAAAGGCGUCUAAUCUUAACCACUCAAAUACCUCAUCAAGUGCCACUACAAAAAAUUCUACAUCCGCAACUCCCAGCACAACACGCAGGGGUGGUGGCCGGCGUCCCGCAUCAAAUGCCAAUAUGACGCCCGAAGAGGAGGAGAAGCGUCGAGUGCGUCGAGAACGCAAUAAAUUGGCUGCGGCUCGUUGCCGCAAACGUCGAGUGGAUCAAACCAAUGAGUUGACCGAAGAGGUGGCCAUACUGGAGAAGAAACGUGAGGAGCUGCAGCAACAGAUAGAAUUUUUGAAUGGUGAAAAACAGGAAUUGGAAUUUAUGUUGGAGGCCCAUAGACCCACAUGUGAAAAGGCCGAGUUAUUGUCCAUGCGUGCAUUGGGUGGUUCCAUGGCGAUCAAUGCUUCGAAUAAUAAUAAUAAUAACAACAACAUCACUGGCCUUGACACCACAUUGGCCUCAACGGCCCGAAGUAAUUCCCCCGUGGACUUGAAACCAGUAUUGAAUGAUCAAUUGUUAGCUCAAAUCAAACCUGAACCCCUAGAUUCUACAUUGGAUUCCAAUUCCUCUUUGGAUGGUCCUCCCUCGCCCAAAAAGAUGUUGCUGUCCAACAAUAAUCCCAUGAUACCACCGCCCCUCCCCAAUGUAGCCACAUUAUCGGCCUCUUUGGCUGCCGCCGCCUCGGCCUCCUUGAACACACCCAUUGUCACUACGGCUCCCAUAAGCUUUUGCUCAGUAUUCUCAAACAAUGCGGUAUUGCAGACUAAUUUGAUAAAGCCCAAUUCCAAACAACGUCCCAACUCAUUGCCCACAAUGCCCAGAAGCUCGGCGGCCCAAGGAGCUUUGGCCCUGAACAUGGCCGACAAUAAGCAAGCGCCCACAGACAUUAAUGGUGUGGCCAUACAGACCCCCUCCACGGGCAUGUUCAAUUUCGAUUCCCUCAUGGAUGGCGGCACUGGUCUAACACCCGUCUCCGGUCCCCUAGUGCCUACAUGUUCAUCGCAAAACAAGCAUCCCUUGGAAUUGGUGACACCCACCAGUGAACCCUCCAAGUUGGUUAGUUUAUAACAACAAUUGGAAUUGGAGGAGUAGAGACUAUGAGGAUGAUGACGGUGAUGAUCAUAAGCAACAAACACAACAAAAAAGAAACCUGUGACAUGAGGAGAGAGAGUGCAAACGAAGCUGGUCUUAAUUAAAAAAAAAACAACAAAACAAAACAAAAAAGAAAAACUUUUAAAAAAUCCCUAUUUCAUAAGAAAAAGAAAAAUUCUUACAACCUAAUGAAAUGAUUGUAGAAGAAGAAGAAGAAAAACAAAAAACCCAAUUACUUUCUAAAAGUAUAUAAUUUUUUUUAAAAAAAGAUAAUAAAUAAUUUUUGUAUGUUUAAAACUAAAUUUAAUUAUUAAGUAUAUAACAAAACUGUGUACGAAAAAGAAAAAAAAUAAGCGAUUAGUUUUUAAGUUUAAAAUUCAAAAAUGUCAUUACUAUGUAUUUUUUCGUUGGAAUAGCAGUAGGAAAGGAGAGAUUGAGAAAAAUUAACAAAAAAAAUGUUUAAAAAAAAAUCAAUUCAAUCUGGCAAGACCCCAAAGCCAACAACCACAAUCAAUCAAGCAUCAUCCAUUAUACCUUAAUUACAAAAACAAAAUUUAUUUCCCUAGGGAGACAUACACUUGCAAGACAACCAUAGCCCCUGCCAAGGUUAGCAUAAUGGAAGAACCAAUUGUUGAAAGUAUGUCCAAAUAUCAUGUUAAAGCUACGCAUAAAUGUCACUCAUACCAGGAUGUUGUUUUCUUUUAAUUUUAUUGCUCACCACACCUUCCCCCUCACCAUUACUUCACUAUUAUUCCUUUAUUUUUGUAAUUUUCUUUUUCAUAUAAUGUAUUAUUAUUUUUAACUAUUUUAUAAAUAACAACAUCAAUGAAAUGAGAGAAAACCCAAUUAUAUUUUUUAAAAAUAUAAUAAAUAAAUACCCUAUAUCAAUAUGAUUUUUUUUUUCUAUUAAACAUCCCUGAGCUCAAAAGAGAUAUGGUAUAAAAAAACCAAUAUACACACACACAACCAAACUUUUUGUAUAAUUCUAAAAAUUAUUAUUUGAUUUUUUUUUUUUGUAAUUAUAUCAAGAUUGCUGUUAUCGUUUAUGUUUCGUCAUUAGUUUUUAUAUUUGCUUUCUCUUUUUUUGCUUAUAAUUUUAUAAUUUUUUUUAAUUCUAUGUGCAAUUAUUUAAAAGAAAAACAUCUUAUAUUUAUUUUUUUAAUAAAAAAACAAUCAAAGAAAACUAAAAAACCAUAAAAUAA